UUGACAUCUUCAUGGCAUUGUCACAUUGCGAAAUUCUUUGGUUUGUUUUAAGUGCUGUGUUAUUGGUGUUUCUCGGAAUUUAGCUGUCAAUGUUGUUUUUUGGGGUGUGUACGACGCAAAGGAGCGUAUGUCUAGUUGAGAUAAGUGCUGUGCUGGCAGUGUGAUAACUUUUGUGAAAGUUGCUAAGACAGCUCUUUUGUGACUUAUUAUUUACACGUGUCAAGUAAAAUGUUUGCUAAGAAAUAUCGACGUCAGUACAAAUCCGCAAUGAAUACGUGGCGCACCGAGAGCGAGAUAAGGCGGUGCAGUUGUCAACGAGCGCUUGUUUACGAGAAAACAGAUUAGCUUUGCCUGAAAUGCCCGCGAAGGAAAGUAACAUAGACGACAUGAAAGCCCUGAUAUUGGUUGGAGGCUAUGGGACGCGACUAAGGCCUCUUACUUUAAGUCGCCCCAAACCAUUAGUGGAGUUCGCCAACAAACCUAUGCUAUUGCAUCAGAUAGAAGCAUUAGUCGAAGCUGGAGUGUCGGAAAUCGUCUUGGCGGUAUCGUACCGCGCUGAACAGAUGGAACAGGAACUGAGUGAAGAAGCGAAAAAAUUAGGUGUAAGCCUAGUAUUUUCCCAUGAAACUGAACCGUUGGGUACUGCUGGGCCACUUGCACUGGCCAAAGACAUUCUAACUACUAGCAAUGAACCAUUUUUUGUCCUAAACUCUGACAUUAUAUGUGAUUUUCCGUUUAAAGACCUGGUAAUGUUUCAUAAAAAUCAUGGUAAAGAAGGUACCAUAAUUGUAACAAAGGUAGAGGAACCAUCCAAGUAUGGUGUUGUAGUCUAUGGCGAACAAGGCCGAAUUGACAGUUUUAUAGAAAAACCUCAAGAAUUUGUAUCGAAUAAAAUCAAUGCUGGGAUGUAUAUAUUAAAUCCAUCAGUCCUGAGACGUAUUCAGUUACGCCCAACAAGCAUAGAGAAAGAAGUUUUUCCUGACAUGGCAAAAGAAGGCCAGUUGUAUGCAAUGGAGCUACAAGGAUUUUGGAUGGAUGUUGGUCAGCCUAAAGACUUUCUCACAGGAAUGUGCCUCUACUUGACUUCUUUGCGGCAGAAGGAGCCCACCCGACUCUACUCUGGACCAGGUGCUGUAGGUAAUGUCUUAGUGGAUCCAAGUGCGCGAAUAGGUGAGGGCUGCCGCAUAGGUCCCAAUGUAACCAUAGGACCUGGAGUUGUGUUGGAGGAUGGUGUAUGUGUAAAACGGUCAACUAUUCUUCGUGGUGCAACUGUUCGAUCUCAUUCAUGGCUGGAUGGUUGCAUCGUUGGGUGGCGCAGCGUUGUUGGUCAGUGGGUAAGAAUGGAGAAUACUACAGUUCUUGGUGAAGAUGUAAUAGUGAAGGAUGAACUUUAUGUAAAUGGUGGCCAAGUAUUGCCUCACAAGUCCAUUGCAAGCUCAGUGCCUGAGCCACAAAUUAUAAUGUGAUUACAUUGUGGUUUGUUUUCAUGUACCUAUAAAGUACUGUGAAACCUCAUUCCAUUGAAUAAUUACUAUACAGAAUAAGCCAAAAUUCCAGUUUCUUUUUAAAUGAGCUGUGGAGUGCUUAAACUCCUCAGUACAAAUAGCUUGUGACUGGUGUACCAUACUGUGUAUGUAGAGCUCAGAAAUGAGACUCAAAGAAUUCUAUGAUGUGGGUACAAAGUAUCAUUGUAAGCAAGAUAUUUAUAUUUUAAUUUUGUGACUGAAACCCUUUAGUGACAGUUAAAAUGAUACUCUUCCAUGAGGGGCACAUUUAUUUUAUUCUAAUUGGCAUAAACAGAGUUAUAUAAUAAAUGAAUUAUCUAUGUUAAUUAUUUUGUUUGAAUAUAAAAAAAGUUGCAAAAACAUUUGUUACUGUGCAUUUCAGAAAACUGUAUUCUAUUUAUUCGUUGUACAAAUUAGAUUUUAAUUUGUUCUGAGAACACAUUAUUGCAAGAUGUCUUGCUGGGCUUUUAUUCUUUCCAUAGGACACAUUUGUCCGAAACAGCAGUGUGUCUUGAUAGGAUUCUCCUUAACAAUAAAAUAUUAAAUGAAAACUCAAAUGGUUCAAGCUAACUGGAGCUUCACACCAAAAUACAAUUAUGAAAAAGAAAAAAAAACUAUGUCUGAAGUGCACAUUCUUUUAGCAUUGUGACAAGGGAUUUUAUGACUUCAAAUUGACAGACUAUCUUACCUCAGAGGUUUUUGGAUGUUCAUUCAAGGGUUUAUUAUUUAAGCUUUAAAGAAAUGUAUUUCUGUACGUACAGAGAUGCUCUGUAUCUGUUGUUUUCCAUUUAUGCAUAUUCUGUAUAACUAAUUGUGUGAUGCAAUAUAUUUUUAGAUUAUUCUUUUACUACUAUUGCUGUAAAGCAGCUGUUUGUCAUAAAACAGUUGAAA